AUGUUGUUCCAGUCAUCGUACGAUCCGACUUUAAAGUCGACACAGCAGCUAAUCGUUUUCUGUCAUGCUGACCAGAGAUGCUUGCUACCGCUUCCCCAGAGCUUCGAGGCAAAUGAUGCACUCGAGAUUGUAAGGGACGAAUUUGGCUUGAAGGGUGUGCUGCAAUUGGAGACGCAAGAUCUUUCCGGCUGGGACGGACAAAGGGUGAAAAUCCACGGCGGUGCCUGGAAGGGCAUCGCCGAGUUGCUGCGGUCCGUCUCAGUGCGGGAAGUGAAAAACGACAUGUCUGAGAGCGUUCUGCAAGGCCACAUCAUCUCGAGGCUCUCUAAGGCCUCCGCGUCGCGCAGGUUAUCUUCGCGCGUCAUCUCUCGGAAGUCGGUCGGUUCAAAUGUACAGCAGCAGCUCACACCGUCGUCCUCCGUCUCCUCCCGCGGUGGCCGCAACUCCCCCGUGCCGCGCGUUCAUGAAGGUGACAACGCGGAGAGCGGAGACGAGCCAGACUCGGCCACUGAGAAAGGGAGGAGAAGCCCCACACACAUGUCUUCCGACGAGGAAAAUGUGGACGAAGAUAUGGACAAAGCCGUCCCUAAGAACGAAGAGGGAGAUGCUGAGAACUACCCUGAUGCUCCGCAAGGCGGGGCGGCGGAUAUUCCGCAGCCACCCGCCGAGGAAGAGCGUGAACUCACUCCCCUGCCUGUCGAACACGUUUCUCGGGUAUUCCAACGGGAGGACAGAGCGGGCCCGAGCCACUCACGCAGCUCCGUUUCGAGCCAAAGUCGUCCGCAGGAAAAGCCACUCAAAUCUAGUGCUGAAGACGUGAAGGACAAAGCAGAGAACGUUAAGAUGAAGGCGGAAGACGCUAGGGUGAAGGCCAAGGUGAAGACGGAAAAAGCGUCUGUGGCGCUUGCACAGGCGCAGUCGCAGUCACAAUCCGAAAGCCAAUCGCAGGAUGGCCCAUCUGCAGACGACCGUUUCUUGAUCUCAGUUGUGUAUGGCGACGGCGAAGAGUCCUUGUUCAAAACACGCGGCAGGCACUUGGUAUCCAAGGUCCUGAUGCAAGCCUGCCGCACGUUCGGGAUCGAACAUCUCUACAACAGAGCACAUAUGGUGUUGAUAGUAGAGACCGAAGAAGACGGAGAAACGAUAGAGCACCGGUUCUUGUGCUCCAACGAGGAUACGAUGGCCAGGGCUGGUGCGGAGUCGCACUCCAGGUUUGUCAUCCAUAUCGAUGAGGACGUCGAAUGA